AUGCAAGAGCCCGGGUUUCCCAACGGCGCCGGACUGGCCCCAAGUGCCCCCAGGAAGAGGACGCGGCGGAAGCGCACAGUGUUCAGCGCACAACAGCUUCAGAUCCUGGAGGAAUUCUUUGAGAGGAAACGCUAUGGGACUUAUGAGGAAUUCGAGUCCCUGGCGGCCAGGCUGAACCUGCAGGAGUACCAAGUGCAGGGGUGGCUCAAGAACCGCAGGGCCAAAGACCGCAGGCUGGAGCGACUGCGCGGGCAGCAAGGCCAGGGGGCCCACGCUGCGCCUCAGGAACCAGGAGGCUGGGAGCGCAAUAGCUGUUGCUGGUGUGGGAUCCCUGGAGAGCUGCUGCCGAGAACUUUCCCAAGGACCCAGCCCAGCUUCCUUGCUCCUCUGGGCGGCAUGCUCUGGCGCCCAUAG